GUGACGUGAUGACAUCCACGGCCACUUAAAGGACAAACACUGAAGCAGGCAGGAUGGCCGCGAGUUGUUGGAAAGGACGACUUGACUCCGUUUUUGACUACAGGACACCAAAAUUCAUCGUGGCCAAAAACAAAAAAGUUGGAAUUUUGUACAGACUCAUCCAGUUAUCUAUCAUCGGUUAUCUGAUAGGGUGGGUUUUUUUACGCAAGAAAGGCUACCAGGAGACAGACGAGGCCAUCCAGAGCUCGGUCAUCACGAAACUGAAAGGCGUCUCAGUGACAAACACCACAGAGUCGGGUGUGCUGGUGUGGGGGCCGGAAGACUACGUCAUCCCACCACAGGGUGAAGACGCUCUAUUUGUUGUAACCAAUUUCUUUGAGACGCCCAAUCAGAAGCUAGGAUACUGUGCUGAGAGCCCCAAAGUGGUGCAGGGCCUCUGUCAGCAAGACAAUGAUUGCCAAGAGGGACGUGAAGUGGUGGCUGGUCAUGGAGUCAAGAGUGGUCGAUGUUUAUCCACUGGCACGUGUGAAAUCUUUGGCUGGUGUCCUGUGGAGAGACCGUCUAAACCACAGUCUCUGCUGACAAACGUAGAGAACUUUACUAUCUACAUCAAGAAUUUCAUAGUGUUUCCUAAAUUCACAUUUUCAAAGUCUAACAUUCUGGACACAACGGACCAGUCCUAUUUGAAGAAAUGCAGAUAUGAUGAGAAGCUGCACCCCUACUGCCCCAUCUUUCGCUUGGGAGAUCUAACCUUGAGAGCUGGAUACAACUUCAGUGACAUGGCAACAUUUGGGGGCUCGAUUGGCAUCCAUAUUAAGUGGGACUGUGACCUGGACAAAGGUUACUCCAGCUGUCACCCACAGUACCACAUCACCCGCCAGGACAUCAGCGCGUCCAACAAUGCAAUCGCAGUGGGAUUCAACUUCAGGCAUGCUCGCUAUUAUAAAAAUGCAGCAGGGGAGAGUUACCGAUCUCUAUUCAAAGUCUACGGCGUGCGAUUCAACAUCAUGGUGAAUGGGAGGGCUGGAAUGUUCAGCAUUGUGCCCACAGCCAUCAAUGUUGGUUCAGGUUUAGCUUUAAUGGGUGCGGGAGUAUUCUUGUGUGACAUGAUCCUUCUCUACCUCAUGAAGAAUGGCACGGCCUAUCGGCAGAGGAAGUUUGAAGGACAGUUGGCAACUGAAGAUAUCAACACUAAGGAUAUAACAAGAUCAAAAACUCAUGAUACGAUAUUGUCAGGGUAUUGAGGCCACGGCACGAUAUUAUUGUGAUAUUUUCAAAAAUAAAAAGACUGGUAAACAUG